AAAGGAGAAAGUUUGAUUUUUCAUUUAAAUUUUUAACGAGUGUUAUCAUUAACUGUGUUUGUUUAGUUUUGUUGUGGUGGACUGUUUUUGAUUUGGGACUAUUUUAAGAAACAUAAUUGAAAAUGAAAAAAUCGAAAAGAAACACCCCGGAAGAUAAAACAAAGACCCCUGAAAAACCCCUAAGAAAAAUAUUGACCAGAGACACAACAACCGAAUCAAAGCACUGGAUGAAAAAGGAAAUGGUUUUGGAAACGUCAGAUGUGCAAAACAACAACACAAAUAAACGCAGGAAAUUAAUAAAAUACGAAUUAUAUAGGGAGUAUGAAGAAGUUGACAGAUUAUGCAGCUCGGAAAAUUUGGACAAAUCACAACAAAGUAAAAAUGAAAAUUUGGAAAAAUCACAACAAUCAGUUCAUCGAGCUUCUGAAGCAAGUACAAAUAUGUUCAUUGCGACAACAAAUGACAAACAAAAUCAAAUAAAAAAGGAAAAUUUUGAAAAAUCACCACAAUCAAAACUUGAAUCAGUUCAUCGACCUUCUAGUAAUGCAAACAGUACUAGUAUUUUCAAUAUGACGUCAAAAACAAAUAAUAACAAACAGCACCAAAAAGAUAAAGCAGAUAAUGGAGAUCUAUUAUUAGCAAAAUAUUUCAAGGAACUAAACUCCGAUAGUAAGAUUAAUGAUUUCGAGAAAGUGCAACUAAGGCCCAAGUCAACUUUUUCCUCGAUUAACUAUGAUAAUGAUAUCGCUCGUAUUAUCCACGAGUUGGUUUUGAAUAAAUAUGACAAGAAAAUUAAAGAUCAUAAAAGAAGAAGCCUCAGAAGACAAAAACAACAAAAAGAGUUAAGUACUUGGAGUAUACAUAAAAGUGCAUAAGGUUUUUAAGGCUAAUCCUUAUAAGAGUUUUUCGAAAUUAUCCUGAAAAUGCUAUGCUUAGCAACUCGAAACUACUCGUCAAAAAAAUUAAUUAAUAAUAAAUUAAGUAUAAUAUA